AUGCCAGACCAUCAUCAAAUCAUCGAAGUAGCCAGAGCCAUUUCAAUAGCAGCGGAAAAGCUCAAUGAUUUCUACGAUGAGGAGGCACUGGAAUUGAGUUUUCCUGGAGGGAAGCCGACGAGUGAGCAAGGGGAAAUGAUUAGCAGCGUGGUAAAUUCGAGUGGUUGAGAUGAGUAGUAGCACCUAAUCAACUCAACUCGAGUAGUGAAAUUCGCUAUUCAACUCAACUCGAGUAGUGUCGGCCCGACUCAACUCAACUCAACUCAACGGAAUCACCUAAUCAUACUCAUUCAACUCAAUUCGAUUAGUACUCUACUCGAGUCGGGUUGAGUAUUUGAUUAGAAGUGUUACCACGCUGAUGAUUAGUAUGGAUUUGGAAGCGGUGGUGAAGAUGCAGCGGAUGUUGUUGGGGCCUUUGGGGGGGAUUAUGGGGCUUUCUGUAAGUUGUUAUAUAUAUAUACUUAGUAACUAAUCUUCACAUGCCCUAUGGGUUUCAUUGCUUGCUUUCUCUUAUCGGUCUCGACUUCAUGUACAAGUACACUGACAAGUUUAUAAUUAGGGAGGUCUAUUCGACCUCGCCUCCUUGCAUAUCAUCCACGACUCUGGAAUUGCAAAACACGUCCCCAGCGAAGGGACUAUCACCAUCGCUGAACUUGUAAAUACCUGUGGUAUCCCACAUAUACAUCUUCGCCGCAUCCUCCGCCACGCAAUAACCAACCGCAUCUUCACCGAGCCCAUCCCAGAGUCCAUCUCACAUACCCCCAUUUCCACCCGCCUUGCCCACGACCCCGUCAUGCGCGCCACGGUCGGCAUGCUCGUCGACGAGAUGUUCCCCGCUGCCCCUUGCUUCUCCCGCGCGAUGCGACGAUACGGAACGUCCACGGGGCCAACGGACACGGCAUGGGCGCUGGCCAACGACGCACAUCGGCCGAUGGUUGAAGAGCUCGAGGCGGAGCAUCCCGUGCGAGCGGCACAGUUCGCGGCGUUUAUGAGGUGGAAUUGGAGUGUGCAGCAGCCGUUGCAGCCGUUGAUUGAGAACUUUGAUUGGGCGGCUCUUGGGAAGGGGCGUGUUGUUGAUGUUGGGGGGGGGGAUGGGUCAUGCUAGUGUGGCGCUUGCAAAGGCGUUUCCGGGACUUAUAUUCACGGUGCAGGAUUUUGAGGAGGUGGUGAAGAAUGGGGAGCGGAUGUUCCUCGAGGAAAUAGAGGACCAGCCUGAGUUGAGGGACCGAGUCCAGUUCAUGGCGCAUGACGCGUUUGAGGAACAGCCUGUGAAAGGGGCGGGGGUGUAUCUGCUUCGUUCUGUACUCCAUGACUGGCCGGAUGAGUCCUGCGUGGAUAUCUUGCGGAGCUUGGUGCCUGCGCUGAAAAAGGGCGCGAUGGUGCUGGUUAAUGAUUUUGUUAUGCCUGGGAUGGGGGAGAUGGAUUUCCUUGCUGAGAGGCGGGCGAGGUGAGCAUGCAUGCAUGCAUGCAUUCUACAACAUAUAUAUACUGGCCCCGCCACUAACGAUGACGUCUCUAGAUCUCUUGAUUUGUUGAUGACCGCUCUUUUCAACGCGCGUGAGAGGGAAGCUGGGGAGUGGGAACCGCUGUUUGCGAAGGCGGAUGGGAGGUUUCGGUUUGAAGGCGUGAGGAAGUGUGUGGUUAAUGAGACGGGGAUUCCGACGGAGAUACUGCUGAGUGUUAUUGUGGCUACUUGGAUGGGGUGAGUGGGGGUUUCUGAGGGUUGAUGAGAUUUGGGAGAUGUACCGCGUGAUGUAGGUAUAUGGAAAUCACAAAGCUAGUCUGGACUCUUUUGUUGUUCUGUUUUAUGUCAUGAAUCGUGAGUGAG